AUGUGCUGUAACUACUACGGAAGCUCCUGUGGAGGCUGUGGAUACGGCUCCGGCUAUGGCUGUGGAUAUGGCUCUGGCUAUGGCUGUGGAUACGGCUCAAGAUAUGGCUGUGGAUACGGCUCCGGCUAUGGCUGUGGAUAUGGCUCUGGCUAUGGCUGUGGAUAUGGCUCUGGCUAUGGCUGUGGAUAUGGUUCUGGCUAUGGCUGUGGAUAUGGCUCUGGCUAUGGCUGUGGAUACGGCUCUGGCUAUGGCUGUCGAUAUGGCUUAGGCUAUGGCUGUGGAUAUGGCUCUGGCUAUGGCUGUGGAUAUGGCUCUGGCUAUGGCUGUGGAUAUGGCUCCAGAUAUGGCUGUGGAUAUGGCUCUGGCUAUGGCUGUAGAUAUGGCUGUGGAUAUGGCUCUGGCUGCUGUAGCUACAGACCACUUUGCUACAGAAAAUGCCAUUCUUCUUGCUGUUAG